AUGAUUAAUGCCACUUGUCUGUCGAACGAUGUCGUCCAUGAGCUCCUCUCCUAUCUUCCGAUGGACGAUAUGCUUGCACUCGAGCGCGUAAGUGGUUCGUGGAGACGGAUGCUGGCAACUGCGAGCUUCUGGACUCAAGUGUGUCUCGACCACUCAACACCAAGGAGUCAGUGCGCGUCCACGCUCGUCAAUAUAUUGGCGAGACGUCACGGGCCACAGGUGAAAAGACUGACGCUCGUUGGGUGCGACAUCCAGGAAGGAUCGUUGUCGCCCUGGGCCCCGCAGUUUUCCAGUCUGACGCACUUGACGGUCUCUGGCUGUCAAUCGAUUUCGGACCGUGACUUUUUGGCUAUUGUCCAGGCCUCACGCAACCAGUUGCUUGUAGUGCGUGCUGUCAAGUGUCUUAGAUUAACGGACGCUGCUUUGCAAGCCAUGGGUGAUUACCACCCGCAAUCACUGGACCGGAUCAACUUUAACUAUUGCCGACAAAUAUCAGGAGAUGGAGUCCAGACGCUCGCUCGAAAGUGCACCAACCUGCGUGUGAUCAAGAUCAAGAGCUCACCUGCAGCAACUUCCUCUGCAGUCGCCUGCAUUGCCACCCAUUGCCUCAAGCUGGAAACGCUGCUGGUUGGUGGAGGGAGAAAACUUACAGAUGAGUGUCUAGUGACUCUUGGAGACCAUUGUCCGCGGUUGACAUCGUUGGAUGUUUCGAGAAGUAACCCGUUCGGAUGUGGUCGAGGGGGUAUCACGGACAACGCUCUGGUGUACCUGGUUACACGGUGUCCACAGUUGAAACGCUUGAAACUGUGCGGUCAGGGUCGUCUGACGCUCUCCGUGCUUCGGUCGCUUGCCACUUUGAGCCCAAAACUUGAAAGUCUCGAUAUCGGUGGAUGUCAUAGCAUGAUCUCGCAGCCUCUUGCAUUAGGUGCUGAGCUCAAGAGCAUGCGCAGACUUCACGGUUUCAGCGUCACGUUCUCGCGAAGUGUAUCGGGAGACCAAAAUGAUGUCAUUGCGUCUCACUGCCCGCAGCUGAGAGAGCUACAUGUUGAUGGAGGCAAAGUCGUCGCAGCGCAUGCUUGA